GAAAACGGGCGUUGCGCUGCCAGAACCUGCUUGUAUUCACAGGAAGGCUAAGAGGACAUCUCAUGAACUUUUGACCCAGCGAAUGUCGAAAAGACAGACGAAAAGAAGUUCAGCAAUCUUGCAGACAACUAUCUCCACUAUUUGGACCCGGACCAGAGAAAACUAAUGGUGUCGUGCUGUACCUCGCAUGAAGUUCUGUCCCGUUACUAAUCUUCACCGAUCCACGAAACAGCUCAGUCUUAACACAGAGUGGCAGCUGCCUUUGCACGAAGAGAGAUCAUGAGCUUUCAAUUAAUGUUAACUUCUAUGUUGUUUCUUGCUGAACUACAAAAAGCAAAUGGUGCAGCUUCGUAUACAGGUAAAAACAGCUUCCAUCGUUGGUCUGAUGCGGUGACGAAUUGUAAAAGAAAUGGUGGCGGAUUCCUCGCCAAAAUCAAAAGCUCAGCUGAACUUCAAAAGGCAAGAACUGCAUUCUUACAAUACCAAGACCCUAAGGAAUACUGGAUCGGUAUCAAAUAUGAUACAACGAAAGGUGACUUUGUUUGGGGCGAUGGAACUUUAGUGACCGCAACUACAGCCUUUGAAACAAUUGUCAAUAGAGUUGAACAACAAUCGGACACUGAUAAACGGUGCUUGUAUCUUAGUACACAAGAUGUACUAGUAGCAGCUGAUUGUGAAGCACAUAAAAAGUAUAUUUGUCAAGUUGGUGAAACAGCAGAUCCAGUUGAAACAACAGCGGCAACCACAGCAGUUCCAAAAACCACAACAGCAGCAAAACCAACAACAACGACGACGAUACCAACAACGACAACAAAUAUAAAGGCAAGAAUUGGGUCCUCUUUACCUCUGACUUCCAUGUCGUCGUUAUUACCUGUUUCAUCACGUUCAGUUUCUCUAACACCAUUGCUGCAAAGUACAUAUUUAUCUGUCUCAUCAACGAACCUGCUGUCAUCGAGUUUGGCCCUUACACCUUCAAAGACCCUCCCUACCAUCACCGCUAUUACCGCUUCUCACACACCAAGUUUGGUUGAGGAAUAUGCCAAUGAAAUAGAACAGCUCAACGCUAGUGAGCCUUCGUCUCUAGAGAAUGCUGUAAAUCUCACCUCUACGCUUGUUAGAAAGGCAAGCACUGCAGACAGCAAAGUCAAUAUUCUUGUUAGCUUUGAGAAACUGGAAGUCUUUGCUAUGAAUUAUGCUAGCCUUCACUUGACGCCCCAAAAUGGUUCUGAGAGAGAAAUUUCAAUUGAGCAGAAAGAAUUAGGUAUGUCAGUGAUGAGAGUUUCUGCUGAUCACAAAAGUGGUGUCGUAUUCCCGUCCCAUGCUAAUACUUUUAACGAGAGCUUCAUUCAAGAAGAGAAGGGAGCCAUUACGCUUUCUGCUAGCAUGUUUAAUCAAGACCGAUACGUUGUCUGUGCGUUGUACAAAAACGCCGCCGACUUAAUGCCUGAAGGAGCAAAUAAUGUCAAUAACAGAAAGAAGUCCACCAUACGCACUCGGAUCAUAUCAUGUACAGUAAAACCAGAGGUUCGAGGCAACUUUGAAGAGGACGUCGUAAUUAACCUUACUAACACCAAGGAUAACUUAACAGCCACACAGACGAGCUGUGUAUUUUGGAAUUUUUCGAUAAGCACAAAGUUUGACGGUGCUUGGUCCCAAAAGGGUUGUAAACUGGUUCAGGAAACCAAAGAGCGGACUACCUGCAGUUGUAAUCAUCUGACGAAUUUCGCUGUCUUAAUGGAAGUGGGUGAGACAAAGAUCUCUGACGAUCACAAAUUUGCACUAACGUUGGUGACCUACAUUGGACUUUCACUGUCUUUGAUUGGCGAGACUAUCACCAUUUUGGUCUAUUUAGUUCUUAUGAAUCUGAAAUCCUCUCAGUCCCAUAUCCGGUUGAAUUUGGUAAUGUGCUUGGUUAUCGCCCAGUUAGUUUUUAUGACUGGUAUCCAAGCCACUCAAAUGAAGACGUUGUGCGCGAUUGUCGCGAUAACAAUAAAUUACUUCUACCUUGUUGCUUUCGCUUGGAUGGUUACGGAAGGAGUCAUGCUCUAUUUAAAAGUUGUCAAAGUCUUCAAUGUUGACACAAGUACAAAGAUCUUCUAUGCCCUCGCUUGGGGUGUUCCAACGUUGGUGGUAGCUAGUGCACUUGGUAUAACUGUUAUCCUCGAUGGAAGCACGGAUAACAGUAUGCGUGAUGACGUCUGUUGGUUUGCAUUUUCUUCUGGUUUCAUGUGGGCUUUUGUUGGAUCGGUACUUCUUGCAUGUUUGGUAAGUAAAAUAUGCACUGUGUCUAUUAGAAUUCAUUCAUUAACAGUAAAAGGUUGAACCUUGAUCUUCUGAUCGUCGCAUUCAAAUGAUGAACGCCAUGAUGGAUUUAUUUGAAUGGCCACAAACCAGGGUUUUACUAGAUUAAAAACCCGCAGAGUCAAAAGAGGAACCCAGUGCGUGCUAUGUAGCUUCCACACCAUCUUUUUUUCUUUAAGCACAUGUACCCACUACAAUAAAGUAAAAGAGGUAAGUUUCUAGAGAAUCUGUGGUGCCGCGUCAGUGACGUGGGGGUUAUUGCAAGUAUUUUAUUUCAUCAACUUAGUUUAUAAAG